AUGAGUUUCAUUCAAGGAGCCACGCGAUCGGCCUCCCGGUCCUUUAAAGCCGCCGUGGGGCAACAGCGAUAUCAAGCUGUUCCGAUCCCGGUCCAAUCAGCUCGGUAUUACUCUCCCACGAAACACAGGACACUGAACCACCCUCGAGCACUGCGGUCAGCUGCCACAGAGUCACUCGUUGCAUCGCCCAGGGACUCAUCCAACCCGGCACUUUCAUUCCCCUGUUUGGACGCACAAGAAGCCAAAUCCGCCGCUCUCUCGGCAAGAUCCCUCCGAUCGGGGCCCGAGCCUUCGUACACUACUGGCAGCCAUGAACGGUUUCAUUGCGAAGACUCUCUGUUAUUGGACUGGGGUGGGUUGCUUCCAGAAUUCGAUAUUGCAUACGAAACAUGGGGCCAGUUGAAUGCGGACAAGAGCAAUGUGAUUCUCUUGCACACGGGUCUGUCGGCCUCGAGUCACGCACAUAGCACCGAGGCCAAUCCGAAGCCAGGCUGGUGGGAAAAGUUCAUCGGACCCGGGAAGCCAUUGAACACGGAGAAAUACUUUGUGUUAUGUACCAAUGUCAUUGGAGGAUGCUACGGAAGCACAGGACCUUCAUCGAUCGACCCGUCCGACGGAAAGAAAUAUGCCACAAGGUUUCCUAUCUUAACACUUGAUGAUAUGGUGCGGGCGCAGUUCCGGUUACUAGAUCACCUUGGAGUUCAGAAGCUCCAUGCGUCCGUUGGCUCGAGUAUGGGUGGCAUGCAGAGUCUGGCCGCCGGUGUCCUGUUUCCUGAGCGGGUUGGUAAGAUUGUUAGCAUCAGUGGAUGCGCACGAAGCCACCCAUACAGUAUCGCGAUGCGACACACCCAACGACAAGUUUUGAUGAUGGACCCGAACUGGGCUCGGGGGUUUUAUUACGACUCGGUUCCUCCUCACUCGGGUAUGAAACUUGCGCGAGAGAUUGCGACUGUCACCUACCGAAGUGGUCCGGAAUGGGAGAAGCGCUUUGGACGGAAACGUGCAGACCCCAGCAAGCAGCCAGCGCUGUGCCCGGAUUUCCUGAUCGAAACCUACCUCGACCACGCAGGGGAGAAGUUCUGCCUGGAGUAUGACCCCAAUAGUCUACUUUAUAUUUCAAAGGCCAUGGACUUGUUUGAUCUCGGCCUGUCUCAUCAAACGGCCACUAAAAAGCAGAGGGCUGAGAACCAGACGAAAAUCGCUAGCGAAGGCAAUAAGGACUAUAACGAUAGUGCCUGCAGCCUCACCCUUCCCGAAAAGCCCUACGAAGAGCAACCAUCCGAAGCUGCGUCCGCCCCUAUGGACUCAACCGUCGCCGAAAAGGAUUCUGCACCCCAGUCACCUCCGCAGGACCUUGUUGCCGGACUUGCACCACUUAAGGACCACCCGAUCCUGGUGAUCGGAGUGGCUAGUGACAUUUUGUUCCCGGCAUGGCAGCAGCGUGAGAUUGCGGAAACCCUCGUAGCCGUGGGGAACGAUAACGUUCAACAUAUUGAACUGGGCGAGGAAUUGUCGCUCUUUGGACAUGACACAUUCUUGCUGGAUCUAAAAAAUAUUGGAGGCGCCGUAGAGAAGUUCCUCAGCUAA